GAAAACCAUGUCCUUUUUGAUUUGUAUUGUUUAAGCCUACAGCUGUGACUGCCUAAUACUAUGUCAAUGUAAAAUAGGCUGUGACAUUCCUCUCCAGCAUCAACAGUACUUCAAGAAUGUCAUUGACACACCGAUCAAGAGCGGGAAGCGUGGCACUACGUGUUAAGGAUGACUGGCAGACUUCUAGCACGACUGAAACUUGUUCUGUCGAUUAAAGGAGCGGAAAGCGAAUCGUUGAAGAAACUUGUUCAUGGAUACAUGUUUGACGCCUGGUCUUCAAGAAGAUGUGAAGAUGAAUUUUUAACUCUUAACGUAGCAUGGCCACUAAGCACGGAUUCAUACCUUAAGCUUGUUCAGGGGCUGAAUCUUCAUGACGAGCUCCUCUCGGAUUUAUUAACAGUAACGGCUAUGGAGAGGGCUCGUCUUAUAACUCUCAUAUUGGAAUCACAACAUCUAUCUGUCAAAUUAGCCGCUGACCUGCUUAUAUGGACUGUGGAUCAGCUCAUUGCUGAGAGUAUCCGCCUCGAAAGGGAUGGCGGUAUUAAACAGAGAACCCAAGGACCAUCGGUACUAGCAGACCGUUGGAUGGAACAUAUCACAGAACAGGAGCGUUUCAGGCAGCUUUUACUAGUUUCCCUUCAUAACAUCAUGGAUCGAUUGUUCUUGAGGUUGACAAGAGCAUAUACUUUAAAGAUGCACCUGGCAGAACAGACCAACCUAGAGGCAAAGGUGGAUAAUCAAGUCUCUAUAGGCCAUAUGACUCAUAAACUACUGAAAGACAUAAUGGAAACUUUGAUUGAACAUUGUGGUGACCACGAUAGCUUCAUCCAGGAGUACUGGGAUGACUUUAAACGUAUGGAUGAUUUGAUUCCUGGGUUCCUAGAUCUACUUCUAAGACGACAAGGUACUUUAGGUGCAUCAAAACGAAGGCGGGUUCACUCUCUGGAAGAUCAGACGCCGGUAAAUUCACGAUUAAACAGAUUUUAUUCAAAGUUGAAACAAGACUUAAGCUUCGCAGACCAAUCCCUUGCCACAACUUGGAAGACGCCAUGUACUCCUGCUAUACCUAUAAAGCCUCUUGAUGAUCAUCAAAGAGCAUUUAUCUCUAUCUGUAAUACUCUUCGGCGUCGUCAAAUGUUCCAUAGCCAUCCGCCGGGCUUCAUUAGCAGGCUUGCUUUAGAUGGCUCACUUUAUAGUCCACAAGAACAAAUUGUGUUGAAAGGCCACAUUGAAUGGGUUGACCAUACAAUUGGCAAUCGAGAAGUCGGAUGGAAAUCAUGUGUCAAAUUGAAACUUCAAUUCUUUGCCAUAUUUGCUGAAAGAUCUAUCAAUGAAACCUUUGCUGAUCUUAUUUGCACAUGCGGCCUACAUUGGGACCUAUGUGAUGUUCUUUGCAAGUACUUAAAAAGACAUCGAGCGGAUCCUUUAAGAGUCUCAUUUGAGACUUUCCAGCUAGGUUGUGAACUAUUGUUAUCAGUGUUCUCAAAAUCUGAACCACUGCGGUGCCAGCUCAGGGACCAUUUAUUCAGUACCUCCAGUCUUAUUUGUAACGAUGCAACAGGUCCGUUGUUCGGCUCUUGGGAUUUUUGGCGUAUUAACAUUGAUGUCCAGCUCAUUGCUGCACUCAACCAACUCAUCGUCACUGAACAAUCAUCCAAGUCACUCGCACCAUCACAUACGGUCGAAUCGCUGAUUAAGAUCUCUUUAAUAGCCCCCUAUCAUGUUGUUUCCAAAAUCAUUUACAACGCAAUUGUGAAUCGUGGUCAGUGCACUAUCCUCCUCCAGGUACUCAUAAAUCUAGGGCAGCUUCCCUGGUUACGAUCUACUCCAGAGACUCCCACUCUCCUUGUUAGAGUCUUACACGACAUACUCCUAGAAAAUUCAGAUAUAUCGGGGAACGUUGGUACAAUUGAGCAGCAUUACCGCAAUUUUAGCGAAUUUAUAUAUAUGGCUUUCACCAUUAAGAAUGACGCCAAUCAAGUUGUACUUAGUGUAGCCGAGUUCCUGAAAGAGUGCGCCAUACCACUAUUCAAUCAUAUGAUCCAAGGGACCGUCAAGUCUAUACAAUCGAAGUUCUUUCACGCAGUUGCUGCAAGUCUACUAAAGCUAUAUGAAACCGACCUGGUUGUGCCAGUUGUAGGUGAAAGCUUGCUCCCGCACGAAAUACAUUCAGAAACUUUACUACGUUUGCUGCAGCUGCGGACGGUUAAAAACAGCUGGGUUAUGAAUAGGAUCAAGGGACGUAUUGGACCCCAACUAAAGGCAAGGAAAAGUGCUGGUGUUCUCGAGGGUAAUGAAGGUGACAAAAUCGCUUUCGUAGAACAUAUGAACGAUAUUUCGAGGCUCUGUGAAUCGCUGGUUGCGAGGAUCUCAACCAAUGUAUUGUCCAUUGUGAUGGCGGGUGGGAGUAAGGACAGCCGCGAUUGGAUAACCUAUACAGCGCAAAAGCUACGCGAUGAAACCAUGUCAAUUGACUUGGAGUCACAACUAAUGACAACUCGACUUUUACGUGCCUGUCAACAGCACCUUGGAAAAGAUUCGGUGCUCUCGUCACUCCCGCCACUUCCAACCAGCAUUUGGCCGCUUUGUCAUGACCAUCUGAAAAUGUUCAAGUAUGGGGAGAAGCCGAAUUUCAAUACCGAAACUGCCCGAGAUAGUAAUCUUUUGGAGGCGCUCCUCUUGGUACUGGAUUUGGGGCGCAUGAACGAUGAUCUCCUCGCAGACAUUCUGCAAGCCCUUGAAAAUGUCACCGACCUUCUACAGACAGAAAAAACCUACCUCACGCAGGUGCUUUUUCCAAGUCUCUACCGCAUUUUGAGUAUCAGUUCCCGGUCUGAGGCACAUCGCCUUCUCGUUCAAGGCUUACCGUCCAUUCUGCAUAAAUGGGGCGAACCACUAAACCCCAAUUUUUUUUGGCAUGCUGUUGAUCAAGCAGCUGCUCCUCAUCAAUCAUUGAGCGUAUACUGGGAUGAUUUCCUGCAUGGAAAGCCCUGUAUCUUAAGUCGAAAUGAAGUAGACCAGGAGCAGGAUCGCAAUCAUAGUACUGAGGAAAUAACUUUAGCUAUCCUAACUAUUACAGAAAUGCUGUUACGAUUCGCGCUGGAACCCUUGCCACCAAAAAAUACAGAGAUAGCGUUGCGAGUUUAUCGCAUCCAACUAGGAUACGAUUUAAUGAUAGAUCAAAUAAGUUCUCUAUUGCUCUCGGCAAUGAAGCUUGCUCAGCCAGACUGGUCAAUAGCGUCAAAUGACUUGAUAUUGUAUAGCUUCUUUAUGUUCUCAAAGAUGUCCUACAUUAUCACUCAUGAGCAUAAGGACAAAGUGUACUUAAAUCGUAUGGAGCUUGGCUCACUCGUACCACUGACAUCCAAAUUGGGACCAUCGUCCUGGGAUAGUAAUUAUAUCAGUCAUAUGAAAUUACAGAAUGAGGCAUUACAGAAACAAGAGUCCAUUGCUAGACACAAAGCCAGAGAUGAAUUCGUAUUGGCAGCAAUGAAUCUCUCAGAUGAGCUCGCCAAGCGACAAGACAUCUAUUACCGAGCGUAUGAAAGACAUGCGAAGGAUAGAAUCAAGUGUGGACCGAACCCUAUCAAUAAUAUGCAUGAAGAUCACUGCAGCACUAGUCGAGAAAACCAGGGCCCAGGUCGCGGCCGAGCUCGUAGGCGCGGUCGUGGUCGUGCCCGUAGCCAUGUGCAAGGUCGGGGUGAUGGACACGGAGCAGCUGAUCAACAUUACAGUCCAGGUUUAUCUUCUCAUAAAACAUUUAAUGCAUACCGAAACGAUGAUGGUGGCUUUUCGAGGGCUUCGAGAAAUGUAGGGGACGGAAUGGAUGAAGGUAUGCAGGCCUGGCUCGAUAGCAUUAUGGCAACAUCUACUCAGAAACUCUCUACAAUAUCAAGUCAAAACGAAAGAGCUAAUUCGGGACGAGUUAAUUUGACUCCCGAAGCAGAUAAGGAAAAGCUACCGGCUGUCACUUCUGCAAAUGUGCAGUCACGGCAGGAGAACUCAGCAGACCAUUCUUCUUCAGCAUCAGCAGGCUCGCGGAUACCAGAGCCAACCACUCUGAUUGAUCACUCGAUGGCGUCUAAUAUAAGCUCAGUGUUGCCCCCAAUGCUAUCACGAGAUCAGCUGGGCUGCCUUAAUUUAGCACUAUGGUAUUUGCCGCAACAGGAACAACAGGCAGUGAAGUCCAGGAUAUCACGGCUAUUGGAGUUGGAGACAGACUCGACUACCCCUUUGAUACUUUAGCAAACCCAUUAAAGGUGGACAUCCCUUCCUCCCUUUUUUUUUUAUUGCU